UAAUGAGUUCCAAUCAAAAUCUUGAUAACACAAUUCAUGCAUUUCUCUCUCUUCCUCUCUCCUUAAUCUUUUCUAUAAUGAGUUCUUGUAACUGUAAAUUCUCCUUCCAUACAUAGUACCAUAGUAUUUAUUUCUAAUCAAUAAAUAUUACAACUUUCUCAGUAUGAAAUCCAAUAUCACUGAUCACACACAAAGGUGAAAAAGUUUCUUCACGUAGAUUAAUCAUCGUAUGGAGGCCUCAAUUCAGUACGAUAAUGCCUAAACAGCCCAACAAAGAUCCAAGCAAAUGGAUGAACAAGAUCAGAAUCAAGAUAACAACAGAAAUACAAAUCUUGUGUUGGAUCUAAACCUCUCAAGCAAGGAUUUCGAUCAAAAUUCCGGGCUGGAACUCAAUCUUUUCGACAAAAAUCCUUCACAAAAUCCGUCGAAUAUUGAUCCAAGUCCACAAGGUAAUGAAUCCGAACCACGUGUUUUUUCGUGCAGAUACUGUCAAAAGAAAUAUUAUAGUUCACAGGCUCUUGGAGGCCAUCAAAAUGCUCAUAAGCGGGAGCGAACCAUCGCGAAACGCGGGCCCCGUUUUGGUGGCGCCGCCUCUCUCAACCAGUAUCGGUAUUCUAGCAUGGGUUUACUGCCACAGCAUGGAUCAUUGAAUAGGUCUCUUGCAAUUCAAGCGCACUCCACAAUCCAUAAGCCAAGUCUUUUAGCACCAUCCACUAUAUAUGGACAGUAUGGCGGGUCUAGAAAGCCUCUUGAUCAGCAACCAGCCAUUGGCCGGCUGGCAAUGGAGAAUCAUCACGUUGGUGGUUCAUCGAGUGGCGGAGCAGCUCGAUUUGACAGUGUUCAAAAGUUUUCGUCGGUGGUCAACGGUAUCGGAGGACUCAGAUGGGACAGUGCUGGUCCUCCUAUUAAGACUAAUCAAGAAGAGCAUAAAAAGUUAGACUUGUCCCUCAAACUCUAACUUUGUCUUUCAUGGGACUCGAUACUAUAAUAAACGAGAUUUUAGUUUCUUUUUCUUUUUUUUUUCCCGUAUAAUCUUUCAUACCAAACGUACACUUUCUUCUGUUCAUAUUCUUGCAACCCCCAACCCAAACUCCCAAUCCUCCACUCUGAAAAUAGUUAACAAGGGAUGGAUUACAGACUGUUUUAACUGUAGAGAAUUUUCUUGAAUUUGUAUUGAGAUUCAGCAGUUUUUUGGGACAAUUAAUUCCUGUAUCCUGGUCAGAUUCAAGAUUUGUCCUCUUUUUAUCAUGCAAAAUUUGAAG